CAGCCGGGAGCCGGGCGAGAGGAGCCGGGAAACGAGCGGCCGGGAGCCGGGAAACGGCGGGAGCCGGGAAACGAGCAGCUGGGAGCCGGGAAACGAGCAGCUGGGAGCCAAGCUGUCCCCGGACCUGGGGCCGGCUCCCGGCGAGCGGUGGGGCGCCCCGGCUGACCCCACUUCCGUUUCCCCCCCUGAGGCAGGUGGCGGCUCGGGCCCUCCCCGAGCAUGCUGUACCUGGUGGGGCUGGGCCUGGGGGAUGCCAAGGACAUCACGGUGAAGGGGCUGGAGGCGGUGCGGCGCUGCCGCAGGGUGUACCUGGAGGCCUACACGUCCGUGCUCACCGUGGGCAAGGAAGCGCUGGAAGAGUUUUAUGGAAAAGAAUUGAUUUUGGCUGACCGAGAAAUGGUGGAACAAGAAGCAGAUAGCCUUUUAAAAGAAGCUGAUGUUUGUGAUGUUGCAUUUCUUGUGGUUGGUGAUCCUUUUGGGGCCACAACACACAGUGAUUUAGUGCUACGUGCAGUAAAAUUGGGGAUUCCUUACAAGGUCAUUCAUAAUGCUUCAAUAAUGAAUGCAGUGGGCUGCUGUGGUUUACAGUUGUACAAUUUUGGAGAAACGGUUUCCAUAGUGUUCUGGACAGAUACAUGGAAGCCAGAGAGCUUCUUUGACAAGAUUGAGAAGAACCGUCAGAAUGGAAUGCACACUCUGUGCUUACUCGAUAUUAAAGUGAAGGAGCAGUCUCUGGAGAAUCUCAUGAAAGGAAGAAAGAUUUAUGAGCCACCGCGCUACAUGAGCGUCAAUCAAGCUGCAGAACAGCUCCUUGCCAUUAUUCAAAACAGAAGGCUCCAAGGACUAAAACCAGAAAUUACUGAAAACACGAUUUGUGUUGGCCUUGCUCGUGUAGGUGCUCUAGAUGAGAAGAUUGCUUCAGGCACACUACAGCAGAUGUCCACUGUGGAAUUGGGUGAUCCACUACAUUCCUUAAUUGUUACAGGCACUAUGCAUCCUCUGGAAUUGGAAAUGCUUAAACUUUUCUCUGUAGAUAGUUCCAGUUUUGACAAUAAUGCAUGUCAAAGGACUACUUAAAUAAAAAUGAGGCAUUUACAUUUUUAUUCCAUCUUUAAUUGCAUACCAGCAUAAAGUUAUUGCUGUGACUAUUUAAGACUUGUCUAACUGUAGUUAGACUGUAUAUUGCUUCAGAGGACAACACUGCAGGACCAUGGACCUGCUUUUACCCAAGGCUCCAAACUGCACCUGCUGGUGUAAGCUUCUACCCUGCAGACACUGCCAGAAACUUCUAAACUUUUCAUUCAGGUCACUGACAUCCACACCAGUCUUGGACUGUUGACUGGGAUAAGAGUACCAGGUAUCUGUGUGGCAUCACUUGCUGUAGUGCAUUAACCCAGCCUACUGCAUACAUUGUUGUAAGUACAUUAUAUGUUAAAUUUGGCCUUUCA